AUGGCCUUGACAAAAGCUGCUAAGGAGGGAAUCUGGUUGAAAGGAUUGGUUAUUGAGUUGGGUCUACAUCACGAUCAGGCUUCAGUGUACUGCGACAGUUUGAGUGCAAUAUUCUUAACCAAGGAUCAAGUUCACCAUGAAAGAACAAAACACAUUGAUGUGAGGUACCAUUUUCUGAGAAGUGAGAAGAGGAUCAAGAAGCUGUUGAUUGCCCUUGAAGGGGCAAGGCCUGAGGCAGAGCAGGUCACAUCUGGGCAUUCAGCGGUGAACCUAAGGAGCCGAAUGGUGCCUCCAUUGUCGGAGCAUGCAAUUGGGAAUCUCCUCGUGUUGGCAUAUGCAUAUUGCAGCUACGAAGACUCCAAUGAUUUAACAGUGAUGGGAAGGAAGGUGAGGGAAGGGAUCCAGAGAAUUGACGACGAGUACAUAAGGCCUAUUCAAGGGGAUGAAGGGUAUGCAGUGAUGAUGAAAAAUUGGAUGAAGAUAGAGGAGCUGUCAACAAGAGAGGAUGCCAAUAUCUUUAGAUUUAGCAGUUGGUGCAGGUUUCCUGUUUAUAAUGUUGAUUUUGGUAUGGGGAAGCCUGUUUGGGCGAGCAUAGGCAGAUUUAACAACAAGAACUGCGCUAUUCUGCUGGAUUCAAAAUGCGGAGACGGAAUAGAAGCGUGGGUUACUAUGAAUGAACAAGACAUGGCUCUUUUUCAGCUUGCUUUUGUUAGAGCUAAUACAUCAACAUCAACUUAA